AUGUCACCACCACCGCCGCUCUCGCCUUCAUCAGACAUGGCAAGCCUCACUCUUGCAGCAUCGUUCCUCCUCGCCGCCCACCUGACCUACCGCUGCUGGACACCACCGAACCCGACUCCCACUCCCAAUCCCUCAAACUCCCCGACCGUCGCCCUCCCACGAGACGCCGUCGGGCCCGGCACCUCGGCCAUCCGCGUCCGCCGCUUCAUCCCCCUCUUCCUCUGGACGCACCACAUCCUGCUCACGCUCCUCUCCCCAUCCCUGGCUCCCACAAUCCUCUGUCCCAACCCACACAAUCUCUCCCGUUCGCUGCUCACAUGGUCACCGUACACCACCGCCAUCGUCUCACUCAUCAUUACCGUAGCGCCCAUCCGCCUCCUGGCCUUCCAGCAGCUGGGCCCGAACUUCACGUUCCGCCUCGCCCGGCCCGCGGCGCUGGUCACGACCGGCUUGUACGCUUACGUGCAGCAUCCGAGCUAUCUGCCCAACUGGGUGGUGCUGAUGGCGAACGUGGCGUUGUUGCUGCGGUUGGAUGGCGUGCUGGGGUGUGUGUUGCCAGGUGAGGUCGUGAGGUGGGGGAUGGGUGUGGGAGGGUUGGGACCGUGGCCGGCGGUGCUUGUUGGGGUGGGGGUGUUGGGGCUGUGGGCGAUUUGGAUCAGGGUCAGGGAUGAGGAGGCGAUGCUAGAGAGGGAGUUUGGGCAGAAGUGGCGGGAGUGGCACGGGAGGACGAAGAGGUUUGUUCCGGGCGUGUUUUGA